AUGCUCUUAAUUCUACAACUUUGUUUGUUGUUAUUAGUGUUUGGACAUGGAUCGACAAAAUGUGUUACUCAAGGAAUGUGCCAUACUGAUUCUGAUUCAGAUGUUAGAAUACCGUGUGGAAAUGAACGUGGAAGUAUUUAUAAUACCUUGAGAUUGAAUAGAACAUUAGUUGGUUUGAAGAAAUUCAAUUAUCAUUGUCAACAUUUGUUUGAAGGUUAGUUAUGAAUUUGAAUAAUUUGGGUGAACUUGAGUAGUUUAUAAUAGUUUUCAAAUGCUCAUCAGAACCAUUUUUCAAAAUUUUUUUGUUUUCUCGACCUGAUUUCUAUAUCAUUUUAUGAACUUUGUGCACUUCUGUUUGCUCAAAACAAGUGCAAAAGGCUACACACAUUUAUUCUGUAGUAUCCGGUUUUUCCCAUAUACAAAAGUCAACACAAAAAUUUUCAGAUGGCAACGAGGAUGUUUGUUGCGAUCAAGAGCAAGCCUCGAUUUUGGUAAAUCAAUUGACAAAUGCUGAAGCUGCCUUUGGAAGAUGUCCAUCGUGUAUGGAUAAUUUUGCAAAACUAUGGUGUGAAUUCACGUGUUCACCAAGACAAUCUGAAUUUGUGAAAAUAUUGGAAAGCAGCACAGUCAACAAUCAAUCAUAUAUUGAACGCGCUGAAUAUCGAAUUGACAAAAAUUUCAUUCAAGGAACAUUUGAUUCUUGUAAAGAUGUGAUUUUCCAAGGUGAUUUGGCGAUUCGAAUGAUGUCUGUUAGCACACCCUACAAUGUUGCCAAUUGGUUGAAAUUCAUUGGCACAAAAAAUUUCCCUAUGAAAAUCCCUAUUAACACAAAUUUCAAACUUAUCGAUCCACUCAAUGCUACAGAAAAUUAUAUGAAUAUUUCAUUUUCAAAAUGUUCGCAAUCAGCAAGACCCGGACUUUUACCAUGUGCUGUUAUGGAAUGUGAAAGAGAAAAAUUGAAGGAAACUAUUGUUUUAGAUGAUGGAAACCUACCAACAGUAAGGAUUAGGCGUUAAAAAUUUGAAACUUAUAUUAAUGUUCAGGGAUUCUGCAAUGUUCGUGGAACAUCGUGUAUAGAUUUGAUGCUUGUCUUCAUUCUUGGUUGUAUUUGUUUCAUUCUUCUCUCAACUUUUGUAUUUGCCAGAAACACUGAAGCGGUAAAUAACUUACUAUUUAUUGAUCAACAAAUAAAUCACCAAAUUUUUCAGAGAAAUGAAGGUCGUGAAAGUCGUGUGGCUCGAACUGGAGAAUGGAUUCAAAGAAACUUGGAAUCAAGCGCUCAAAAUAUUGGUGAACUUGCUGCUCGAAAUCCCUCAAACUUUUUCUUUGUCGGAACUUUGUUUGUGAUUUUCUCAGUGACUGGAAUGGUUUAUAAUCGAGAAGUUAAUGAUAUUCAUGAUAUGUGGAGUUCACCACAUUCGAAAGCAAGAUUAGAAAGAGAAUCAUUCUUUGAUACUUUUGGGUGAGUUCAGAAGUUGAAAUGAAUAUCUUCUAUGGAAUUUUUUUUACAGAAAAACACAAAGAUUCAGUCAACUCAUGAUAAAAAGUAAUCGUGAAGGUGAAUUUGGAAGAUUGACUGGACCAAUUUGGAGUCAAGAUAUUAUGCGAGAAGCUUUCGAGAUUCUUUACACUAUUCAAAAUUUGACCGGUGACAAAAAUAUAACUUUGGAUCACGUGUGUUCUCGUCCAAUGGGUCCAAAUUCAGAUUGUCUUAUUAUUUCACCAACAAACUAUUUGCAGGUGAGAUUUGAAUGUCUAUUUAGAAAUUCUCAAAAAAUUUUAUUCUAGAAUGAUAUCAAUAAAACAUACCUUCUACCUGAACAAAGUUGGUUGACAGGAGAUUAUUAUGAUAGUGAAGAUGAUUUAUUGUGGAAUUAUCAUGUUGCAGAAUGUAUAGAGUGAGUUUAUAAAUAAAUCAAUAAGAACUCAUAAAUAAAUAAUGAGCUGUUUAGAAAACCGCUGACUCUUAAAACAAUGACUGGACUCAGUUGUUUCGGAACUUAUGGUGGACCAGUUGACCCAAAUAUAGCACUUGGUAGAAAAUCAACAAAACAACAAUUUAAGGAUGCCAAUGCGUUUAUGAUGAUUUUCCCAUUGACACAAAGUAACGCUGCAGAUUCAGUGAGAGCUGAAAUUUGGGAGAAAGAAUUUCUGAAAUUCUGCAAGAAUUAUAUUCCAACUUCGAAAAAUAUCUCAACUUCUUGCCAUUCUGAUAUUAGUAUUCGAGAUGAAAUUGAUCAUGAUUCAAGUGCUGAAGUUAUGACAAUUGUUAUCGCAUUGUUAUUCAUCCUUGGUUAUGUAUCAUUUUCACUUGGAAGAUAUUUUGUAUGCGAGGAUAAACUUUGGUCAAUUUUGGUUCAUAGUAGAAUUUGUAUUGGUCUCUGGAGUAUUAUUGUGAAUAUUAUCAGUUGUUUCUGGUAUGUUUCAUCAUUAAUUUAUUAGCCACAAAGUUAUUUUUCAGUACCUGGGGAGUUUUCUCAUUCUUGUCAAUUCACCCAAUCAAAACUGCUCUUAUUGUUCACUUUUUUGUUGUCACCUUCCUUGGAGUUAAUCGAACUUUCAUGGUUGUCAAAACAUAUGCGCAAUAUCGAGUAUCUGAAAACUACCGUAGUUCCGAACAUAUCUCUGAAAUUAUUUCAAAAGUGAUGGUUCAAACAUUAUCUCCAAUGCUAACCAGUUCAUUUGCUUGCUCAUUUGCCUUCCUUGUUGCUAGUUUCAGUGAUUUGCCAGCUAUCAGAAUAUUCUGUCUUUAUACGGGUCUCGCAAUUAUUAUUGAUGUCUUCUUGCAUUGCACAUUGUUCUUAUCUUGUUUUGUUUGGGAUACAAAACGGGAACUCGAUGGAAAACCGGAAUUCAUAUUUUUGUUCAAUUUCAAACUUGAAGAUCUUUAUGGAGCAUAUCUUGUUGGUCGUCAAAAUUCAACAGACACAUAUCUCAGCCAACACUUCAAAAAACAUAUCGCUCCAUUUAUGGUCAAAUUCUACACACGUGUUGGGAUUCUUACUGUUUUUGUGAUUUCUUUCAUCGUCACAUUGGUUCUAUCAUUUUUCUGCUCAAUUGGAUUCGAUCAAAGUCAUGCUUUAAGUGAAUCGAGUUAUGUUACACAGCAUUUCCGGAAUGUGGAUAACUAUAUGAAUAUUGGACCACCAGUUUAUUUCACUGCUUAUGGAGAAUUAGAUUGGCACACUCCAAGAGUUCAAAAUAUGUUCUGCUCGUUACCAGGCUGUGAUAAAUCGUCAUUUGGAACAAUUCUUCAAUACGCGGUGACAGAACCAGAGUAUGUUGCAGUUCAUUUGAAUUCAAAUUUAAUUGUUUUCAUAAAAUGUUUUCAGAGAAACAUAUCUUUCUGGCCAAGUAUUCAACUGGAUUGACAGUUAUUUGCAAUGGAUUAGUCGUGAAUCAUCUUGCUGCAAGGUAUAUGUAGAUGAUCCGAAUACAUUCUGCUCAUCAUCACACAGUGCAUCAAAAGAUCCAAAAAUUUGCCGAUCUUGCAUGGAUUAUGAUUUUGUUGCGAAUAGCAAGAAAAAAGGAUCAAUGGAAUAUGAAAGACCAUCUCAACAUAUUUUCUACAAACAUCUUCGUCACUUUUUAGAUGAUGUUCCGACUAGUGCUUGUGUUCAUGGGUAAUUUUACAUAUUUUUUCAUUCAAGAUAAUGAAAACAUAUGUUGAAUUCCAGCGGUCGAGCAUCUUAUAAAGAAGCUCUAUCAAUCACACCUCGCGGGCGAAUUCAAGCAUCUCAUUUCAUGACUUUCCACAAAAAACUUAUCAUCAGCAAUUCUACUGAUUUCAUAGGUUUGUAACACAGAAAUUUGGUAAUCACGAAAUAUAAUACAAUUAUUUUCAGUUGCAUUGGAAAGAUCUCGCAUGAUCUCUAGACGUCUUCAAAAAGCAAUCAAUAACGAAGCAACUGUUUUUGCAUACAGUGAACAUUAUUCAUUCUUUGAGCAAUAUCUCACUAUAACUCUUCAAAUCAGUACACUUUUACUUAUCACAUUGAUUGGUAUUAUGACUGUUGUUGCAGUUAUGUCUGGUAUUGAUUUUAUUGGUGCAGCCUGGUUAACAGUUUGUCAAGUCUCCAAUUAUGUUCAUAUAAUGGCAUUGAUGUAUUUAUUCAACAUUCCAAUUAAUGCAUUAUCAAUCACUAUUUUGAUUAUGUCAUUUGGAAUAUUAAUUGAGUUUUCCGUAAAUAUGCUCAAAGCAUUUGCUCGAUCAACUCAAAAAACAACAUGUGCUCGAGCUGAAGAAGCUGUUGGAAUUGUUGGUCCAAUUAUUCUAUCCGGUCCAAUCACUUCAAUGACUGGUUCAACUUGUUUCUUGGCUGGCGCUCAUCUUCUUGUUAUUUAUGUGUAUUUCUUCCAACUUGUUUUUAUCUCCAUUGUAUCGUCAGCUUUACACAGUCUGGUAUAUUUACCGAUUCUUCUCACAUUACGUGAAAAUGUUUCACGCGUCGAUUCGCCAUCACUUAUCAAUUGCUCGCCAAACAAUGGAAGAUUGAAAACUGUGUCGAUUGAAACUUCAAAAUUAACACAAGAAAAUCUUGAAGAACAAGAACUUCUCUUAUCUUCGGAUGGUAAGUUAACAACUCCUCAUAUAAAAAUCAUUUCCAAAUAUUUCUUAUUUCAGUGAAACUCGACACAUUAACCGUUCAAGAUUCCCCUAGAAAUGAUCCACAGGUUUAA